AUGGCGCAUGGUCAACAACAGCCACCGCCCAUUACUACAAACCUCCAAUACAACUCAAAUGCUCCCUUGAACGGACCACCCGGCUAUGGCAUGCAGCAGCAGCAGAUGGCCCCGAGUGUUCCACCGUCACUGUCUAACACCCAGUAUCCAGGGCGCAACCCUGCUGUCGAGGUCGAGGGUGGGGGUCGGAGCAAGGCCCAACUGAUUGUCGGUAUUGACUUCGGUACAACGUUCUCGGGUGUCGCAUAUGCAUUUGCAACCAACAACCAAGCAAGCGAGGACAUCAUCACGGAAUGGCCCGGCGCCGGAACCCACGCAAAACAAAAGAUUCCUACCGUCCUCUACUACGACCAAUACCAAAAGGUUGUAGGAUGGGGCCCCGAUAUCGCCGACGCUCUCGCCCCGACCGGAUACCCCAAGCCCCAAGUGCAAAAGGUCGAGUGGUUCAAGCUCCAGCUGAUGCUCUCCGGAAACACCUAUAUUGAUCCCAUCAACCUGCCCCCCCUUCCCCCGGGCAAGUCCGAAAUCGAUGUCGCUGCCGAUUACCUCUUCAAGCUACGACAAGCCAUUCGCGCUCAGCUGCAAAAGGCUCUGGGGGAGGUGUUCACGCGUGAGGAACGUAAUAUCCGAUACUACCUGACGGUACCGGCUAUUUGGAACGACGCUGGCAAGGCCGCGACGCGGACCGCUGCUAUUCAAGCUGGCUUCUUGCGCGACGAGAACGAUAACCGUCUCACCCUAGUCUCAGAGCCUGAGGCAGCGGCCUUGUUCUGUGCCAAGAGUGGACUGCUCAACUUGAAGGUGGGCGACGCUAUUUUGAUUGUGGAUUGCGGUGGUGGUACCGUGGAUUUGAUUGCGUACGAGGUUGAGGAAGAGCAGCCUUUCAGUGUGAUGGAAUGUACUGCCGGGUCUGGUGACUCGUGUGGUUCAACAGCACUGAAUCGGAAUUUCAGUAACAUAUUACGGGCGAAGAUCCGUAAGAUGAAGCUGCCAGAUGGCUCUCGAACUGCGGGCAAGGUCUACGCGAAGUGUAUCAUGGACUUUGAGAACCGUAUCAAGGCCGACUUCCGCAACAACGGGCAAAAAUGGGCAGUGGAUGUGGGUAUCGAGGCCGACUUCCCCGAUGCCGGUAUUGAGGAGGGUUACAUGACUUUCAUGAACGAGGAGAUCCUUCAGUGCUUCGAGCCUGUCGUGAACCGUAUCCUCGAGUUGGUCCGCAACCAGAUUAUCGCCAUUCAAGCACAGAACCGUCAGAUCCAGAAUGUUUUGGUCGUCGGUGGAUUCGGUGCUUCAGAAUACCUCUUCCAGCAGAUCAAGCUCCACGUGCCCCCACAGUAUCAGACAAAGGUGGUCCGCCCGAUGGACUCUGUGGCUGCGAUCGUCAAGGGCGCAGUCACCGCAGGUAUCACCGAGCGGGUCAUCACACACCGUGUAGCACGUCGGCACUACCUUAUGGCCACGCUUCAGCCAUUCAAGGAGGGCUAUCACCCGGAACAGUACCGUGUGCCCAGUUUGGAUGGCCGCGAUCGAUGCAAGUACACUCGUCAGAUUUUCGUCCAAAAGGGAGAGCGUGUCAGGAUUGGCGAACCAGUCAAGGUCAGCUUCUUCCGUCAAGUUGCGCCUGGCGCCACCCUCAUGUACGAGGACGUGUUAUACGCCUGUGACGAGGACGUCUGCCCCGAGUACACCAAGGAUCCACGCAUCAAGGAAGUUGUCACACUCACAUCCGAUUUAUCACGCAAGAACCUCGAGACCGACUUUGAGCGCAUGGACACACCCCAGGGCAUCUUCUACCGUGUCUACUUCGAUAUCUACCUUACGCUAGACGGCAGUGAAUUCAGCGCCGAACUUGUUUGCCAGAACGAGAUCAUGGGCCGCUGCCGUGCGAAGUUCCGUUGA